GCCUCGUGCCCGCGCCGAGGCAAGACUCUGCCGUCUCCAUGACAGCGAGAUUCAAACAUGUCGGAAAAGAAGCUGGGAGAUGUCGGGAAGUCACAGAAACGAGUCUUCAUAAACAAGGCAGAGUCAUACUCGUCUAGAUACAUCUCUAAGUUUCUGUCGGAGCUUGCAAUCGGAGACAAUCCUGACUCAAGUGGAGAGGAGGAAAGAGAGAAGAAGAAACAAGAAGGAGAGAAGGACCAAAGGAUCUUUGGCCACAAUGGAGCAGCAGCUUUUCAUAUGUGUGGGACAGUGGGGGCCCAGUCAGAGGAGAUCACCUGGCUGACGGAGCAGUACUUUCAACCGAGCAAGGAGCAGCUUCUUCUGAAUCUGAUGAAAUGUGACGUCAUCAUAUACAAUAUCAGUCAGCAUUGCCAGGAGGUGGAUGAGGCUUCCUGGGCUCUUCAGGCUCUUCAUCACAACAUGGCUGACUUCAGCAGACCCAAGAAGUACAUUCUGGUGUCUACAGUGAUGACCUGGGCCAAGAGCAAACCAGACACACAUGAUGAAGAGGAGCUUCCUUUCACUGAUGCCAAUUAUCGGACAAGAAGAGCGCACCCUGCCUUCCGAAAACACAUUGAUCUGGAGAAGAAGGUGGUGAAAAUGGGCAAAACAAACAAAAACAUGUUUUCAACUUGUGUUGUGGCGUCGGGUCUUCAGUAUGGAAUGGGGGAGCAGAUCUUCAAUAUCUUCUUCAAGAUGUCAUGGCUGGGAGUAAAAGAAAUUCCUGUCUUCGGUGAAGGAAAAAAUAUAGUGCCCACGAUCCACAUCAAUUCCCUGGCAAGUGUGAUCCAUAACCUGAUUGAUUGUCAAGCACAAACUUACUAUUUACUAGCAGUGGACUCAGCCAACAACACCAUGGAGGAGAUCGUGAAGGCCGUUGCAUCUACUCUGGGACCUGGGAACAUCACCCAAAAGCCCUUUGAGGACAUUUACCUGCACCAAGACUUGACUAUGAUGGAAAUUGACUCCCUGAGUGUCAGCCUACAUAUGGAGGCUGUACAUGUCCGAGAAUUGCUCACCGGUGUCCAGUGGGUGUGUGAGUCUGGUCUGGUGGAGAACAUGGAGUUAGUGGUGGAGGAAUAUCGACAGACCAGAGGGCUGCUGCCCAUCUGUGUGUGCGUUAUUGGUCCUCCUGUAGUAGGGAAAAGCUCUAUGUCCCAGCAGAUUUGCGACAGCUACAGACUACAUCAUGUGACAGUUACGGAGACCAUCUCUGAAACACUUGCUCACCUGGAGGAUGUGGUGCAAAAUCCUGACUCAGAUGAUGAUGAUGCCACUCUGGAGGAAAGGAAGCUUCUAAAUGACUUGAAGGAAGAUAUGCAGCAGAAUGGAGGGUUCUUGAGCGACAAUCUUUUGGUCAGGGUGAUGAGGGACAAACUGAAAUCCCAUCCUUGCAAGAACCAGGGUUGUGUUCUGGAUGGUUUCCCGAUGACAUACCAACUAGCCAAGGAGACUUUUGUUGCUGAAGACAACGAGUCUGGGGAUGAAGCCAUACCCACUUUUACACAUGACAGGAUUCCAUUGCCAGAGCUAGUGUUGGUCCUGGAUGCUCCAGACGCUUUGCUGAGGGAUCGUGUGAUCAACCUGUCUGAGAAGGUGGCACAAGAACGCAACUAUCAGGAGGAGACCUUCUGUCAACGUUUGACCAAGUACAGACAGAACAACAUGGCGGCAGAAACUGUAGUCAACUACUUCGAAGAGCUGGCGGUCCCAACUCUCCAUAUGACGAUCAGCAGCAGCAGCUGUGAAACAGAUCAUUGCCUCCUCAUGCAGAAGGUCUUUGAGAAAGUGGGUGAACCCAGACAUUGUGGCCUCACCAGUCAAGAGGUGGAGGCCGAGGACAUGAGACAGACGGAGGAGAGGAUCAGGAGAGAGCGUCAGCGUAGCGCGGAGGAGGACCAGAAGGAGGCUGAGGAGACCAGUCGUAGAGCUUCAAACUGGGAACAGUGGGCUACUGCCUUGAAGAAUGUCAAACAACAGGAGGAUGAGCUGCUGGAGGAGGAAUCUAUCCCACUGAAGAACUACCUGAUGCAACAUGUCAUGCCAACAUUGAGUCAAGGUUUGAUGGAGUGCUGUUCCAUUCAGCCUCAUGACCCAAUAGACUUCCUGGCGGAGUACUUGAUGAAGAAUAACCCAGCGACCGUCGGACCAACGCUUGGAAAUGAAAACUGACAUGAAGGAAAACCCUCUCAGAAAAACAAGCUUGCGGAUGAAUGAGAUGAAUGUGCCACCCACCUGACUGACCCUCGAAAUACAUUCUAUCUGUCCACAACCUCACAUCAACUGGACACAAUUAAAGGAAAAUAUGAAUUAAUAGUCAUGAAAAAAAACUGGGCGAUUUUAAAGUUUGGUCGAUGAGCUUCUUCGUCACCAAUUCCUCCUCCUUUAUUCUGAUGAUAUCUUCCCUUGAGUGAGAUGAGUUUCUCCACUGACAUUUUCAUGUCCUUUACUUUGUGUUUUGUGACACUUUCCCACUAUUCAUUUUAGUUUUCCAUUUUUUAUUUAAUAGUGAGUCCAUUUUAAAAAUGUUAUUCACAAGGGAAUAAGUUGUCAUUGUCACUCGUAAUAUGCAAUGUUGGAUCGUUCCAUUUCAGAGAGACAACUUACUGGGAGAUAUGUUUGAAUGAGGUCAAUUUUUAAUCUGGACUAAUCGCACUAAAGCCAUAGUUAAGUCACAGUUAAUUGUGUUGAGCACAUUUUGUAUAUGCCGUAAAUGUAACUUGACAGAAGAUGUAAUCAACGCAGGAGUGACCAAUCUUCUUCAUGCAAACAUUUGUUACAAGCAGAUGCUGUCAACAAUAUUCUGUAGAAUUACCUCAGAGGCACUGAAGACAACAUAGUUGAGCAUAGAGAUCGGCAGAGGUGGCAGUGUUAAGGGCCGACACCAUUUCACACCGACAAAAAUGAUAGAAUCCAUUGUAUUUCCUUGUCUAAAGUGUUCGUUCAUAACGAUCGCAAAUGAACUGCUUGAAUUCGACUGCUUUUGCCAACAAAGUGCAGAGUUGGAACCUUCAUUGCCGAUGGUGGAUGCCUCUCUGUGUAAAAACUAAAUGAGACAUAACAUACUCCGUGGACAACAGAGUUCACAGCCACAGGAGAAGAAGCAUCUAGCGUGACUUUAAAACUCUGUCUGACAAUCAACAGACGUUUUUAUUUUCCACUAACACAGAGGGUUAUCCAAAACGCACUGAUGAAGAAGCAGAUGGUCAAACAUGGGCGCAUUAUUGCGUCUGAAAAAUAUUAGUGUUGUUAAGGUUAUCUGAUUGAUUUCAGAUUGGUUGGAAAAUAGGCGCAGCAGGGACAAUUACUGCUCUGUUUUGUGUACGAGAGAGGUGCGUCAUCCCGAACCUCACCUGUGGUCAUGAUCUGUGGGUCAUGACCAAAAAGAAUGAGAUCCCAGAUACAAGUGGCUGAAAUGAGUUUUCACCAGUGGAGUCUCCCUUAGGGAUAGGAUUAGAGGUUCUGUCACUCAGGAGACACUCAGAGUAAAGUUGCUGCUUCUCCGCGUUGAGGCGGGUCAGUUGAGGUGGUCCAGCCAUCUCAUGAGGAGGCCCCUGGGUUUCGGGCACGGCCACCUGGAGAGAGGCCGAGGGGUCGACCCAGGACCAGGUGAAGGGAUUAUAUCUCUUCACUGGCCUGGGAGUGUCUCGGGGGCCCCCUGUCGGACCUGGUGGAUGUUGCCCGGGACAAGAAUGUUUGGCAUGACCUUUUGAACCUGGCAUAAGCGAAUGAGGAUGGAUGGAGAUUUACUA